CGAGCCCGCUGCCCGCGGACGGGGGGAACGUUAAUGGGGUUCGGGGGGUAAUUAACGGCGUUAAUUAAACCACGCGGUGCCGGGGACACGGGCAUCCAUGGGGCUGGUUGCCAUGGGCCCCGUUGCCAUGGGGCCCGGUUGCCAUGGGCCCCGUUGCUAGGGGCCGCGUGUGUCCCCGUUGCCGUAGGCCCCGUUGCUAUGGGCCCCGUCGACACGGGCCCGGUUGCCAUGGGCCCCGUUGCAAGGGCCGCUGUGGGGCCCGUUGCCAUGGCGCCCGUUGCCAGGGGCAGCCGCAGGUGACGUGGGCGCGCUCUGCGCAGGCGCGGGAGGCUGCGGGGAGGGGCGGGGCCGCGGGGGCGUGCGCCACGCCCACUUUUAGGCGGAAGUGACGAGAGGAAGAGGCGGAGCCUGAGGAGCGCAGCAGGAAGCGGCGGGCGGGAGCGGCGGCUCCGUGUCCCGGUGCGGACGGGCCCGUUAACCCGGUGCUGGGGAUCCCGAUACAGGCCGGAACCUCCGCCCGCCCCAUUUGUCCCCCCAGGUCCCGCCUGUGCCGGUGCGGUGACACCGGAGAACCGCGGCCAUGGGCGAGCGCAAAGGCACCAACAAGUACUACCCGCCCGACUUCGACCCGGCCAAGCAUGGCUCCCUCAACAAGUACCACCACAGCCACCCGCUGCGCGAGCGCGCCCGCAAGCUGGCCCAGGGCAUCCUGGUCAUCCGGUUCGAGAUGCCCUAUAACAUCUGGUGCGACGGCUGCAAGAACCACAUUGGAUGGGCUGUCCGCUACAACGCGGAGAAGAAGAAAGUCGGCACCUACUACACGACCCCCAUUUACCGGUUCCGCAUGAAGUGCCACCUGUGCGUCAACUACAUCGAGCUGCAGACGGACCCCGCGGGCUGCGACUACGUGAUCGUGCGCGGCGCGCGGCGCAAGGAGGAGCGCUGGGACGCCGCGGACAACCGGCAGCUGCAGCCCACCGCGCCGGAGGAGAAGGAGCGGCUGGAGACGGACGCGAUGUUCCGGCUGGAGCGCGGCGAGGCCGACCGUGCCGCGCUGCGCCGCGCCGGCCCCACGCUGGCCGCGCUGCAGGAGGCGCAGAGCGUGAAGGACGACUUCGCGCUCAAUUCGCGGCUCCGGCGCCGCUUCAGGGAGGAGAAGAAGACGCUGCGGGAGGAGGAUGCGGCGGCGGCGCCGAAGGAGGAGGAGGAGGAGGAUCGGCGCCUGGCCGCGCUGCUCGCACUCCGCAGCCCCCACUCGUACGAGGAGAAGCAGCGGAUGAAGCGCACGGAGAUCUGCGGCCGCUCCUGGUUCCCUCACCAGAACGGGGGGGCCCCGCGGAAACCGGGGCUCGCGGCCCCCCCCCGCCACCCCCGCGGGCCAUCGGCAUCGUCCGGCGCCCCCCCCCAGCGCGUCCCUCGUCGCCGACUAUUCGGACUCGGACGGGGAAGGCGCUUGAGCGGCGUUUUGGGGGGGCCGGGCCCCCCCCCGGCUGGUCCCGGGGGGCACCUGCGCCCCCUCCCCACCCCCCGUCCCCCCCUCGCCUGGAGGUCGCGAUCCGGCUGCAGAUCGAGCGGGACGCGGCGCGGCGCGCGGGCUGCCGCCCCCCCGGGAAGCUGCCGCUGGGCCCCGCGCCCCCCCCGGCCGCCCCCAGGAAGGGCAAAGCCAAGAAGGGGCGGGGCUGAACCCCCAGGACCCCCCGGGCCCCCUCCCCGGGUCCCCCCCGGGUCCCCCCCGGACCCCCCCGGGGCGCGGGAGCUGCCACGAGCGCGGCCGUUCUCACUUUUGUUAUAAUUCUUUAAUAAAAGAGAUUUUGGGGGGAGCAGGAGUGCCCCCCCCCCCCCCCCAAAACUGCCG